ACCAGUACUGUAAUGUUUGAUUUAAGAAUCAGCUUUGCAUUAUGAGAAUAGUUUUAUUACCUGAGAGGGUUCCCGGUGUGUACUUAUUUGUGGCUUUUUAAUUCAGUGUUUAUGGAAAUAUUUUAAUCUCUGCACUGGGAAGAGGAUGUGAUACCAUGGGAUUCAAAGCUCUCUGUUGGGGGUAGCUUUAUGUUAGCUUUUAGUCUUAUAUUUAUACACCCAUGCCCGACAACAUUGAAGAAAUUUGGAAAGUAAUGGCUCUGGAUGCAAUUGCUAAAACUUGAAACCUUAUGGGUUUCUCUGUGUAACUCUGGCUGUCCUGGAACACACUCUGUAGACCAGGCUAGCCUCAAAUACAGAAUUCUGCCUACCUCUGCCUCCCAAGUUCUGGGAUUAAAGGCAUGUACCACCACUGCCCUGGCUAGAAAGAGUUUUGUAAACUAUCCACACAUAAUCUUGAGAAACUUCCUUGACUCCGCAUUGUAUCGAUUAAACCUAUAGGGCACAAUAGGUGAAUAUAUAGGUCUUCUGAAAUAUGAAGAUGUACUUGUAACGUUAUCGACAGUUCACUUUACAAAACCAGUUUCAGAUGAAAACAUUACAGUGAUUGACACAAAAUUUAGUAACAUCCCUGUCCGUCUGUACUUGCCAAAGAGGAAGUCUGAAAGGCAGAGACCGGCUGUGAUUUUCAUUCAUGGUGGUGCCUUUGUCUUGGGAAGUUACAAGAUGUCAGCCUAUGAUGAUCUGAACAGAUGGACAGCAAACAAGCUUGAUGCUGUUGUUGUGGGGAUAGACUACAGGCUUGCUCCUAAGUAUCCAUUCCCAGCUGCCCUUGAAGACUGUGUUUAUACGAUCAAGUUCUUUCUUCAGAAAAAUAUUCUUGCAAAAUACAGAGUGGAUCCCACACGCAUCUGUAUUAUGGGAGAUAGUUCUGGGGGUACCUUGGCAGCAACAGUGACUCAACUGCUACAGAAUGAUCCAAACUUCAAAGAUAAAAUUAAAGCACAAGCUUUGAUGUAUCCUGGCCUACAAUCACUUGAUACCUUGCUACCAUCCCAUCAAGAGUAUCAACAUGGUCCAAUUCUGACCAGGGAGAUGAUAAUUAAGUUGGCAUGCCUAUAUGUGACUGAAGACAAAGUUCUACUCCAGGCUGCACUGAGAAAUGAGCAUAUGCCAACAGAGUCAAGACACCUGUUCAAGUUUGUUAACUGGAGUGACUUCCUUCCUGAGAAGUACAAAAAGAACUACGUUUACACUGAACCAAUUCUUGGAAAAUUGAAUGCUUCCUAUCCAGUACUUGUGGAUAGCAGAUUGUCCCCUUUGCUAUUCAAUGACACCCAGUUACAGAGUUUGCCAUUAACAUACAUUGUCACUUGUGAACAUGAUCUCUUAAGAGAUGAUAGUCUUAUUUACAUUUCACGGCUUAGAAAUGUUGGGGUGAAAGUUACUCAUGAGCAUAUAGAGAAAGGAAUACAUGGAGCCCUAUCAUUCACCAGAGCUCCAGUAUUUUUAAAUUUAGGAUUAAAAAUAAGAGAUAAGUAUAUUAAUUGGUUAGAAGAAAAUUUAUAAGUCAAUAAAGCAUGUAGCUGGGUAAUCAAUAAAGAAAUGUGACGGUUACAAAUGGGCACAAAAUUAAGUGACUUGUGGAUAAAGCUUUCUUUCAAAUUGAGUAAAGGUUACUGUAUACGUUUGAGAAAGUUAACUUCACUUGCUUGAUCUUAGAAAUACCAUUAAAAUGAGAAUACUUGCUUCAUUAUUCAUAUUAAUUACCAUUUGUUGUUAAAAAUGUACUUUGAGUAGUUAAAAAUGUCAGAAGAGUGGAAAAACAUGUGCUUGGUUACAUGCCAACAUAUUUUAGAUAUUUCAUGGCAGUGGUAAGCCAAAUUUGGAAUGUCUUGAAUGAACAAAAUAACUUCCAAUAAAAAUGGAAAGGAGUCAUGGGGACUGGAUGGGUUGGCACAUUACUCUCCAGCACCCCAGUGGCAGAGAGGCAAUCAGGUUGACAGAUUUCUGUGAGUGCAAGACCAGGUCGGUUUAUGUAGCUAGUUCUAGGACAGCCAUUGGUGUUUAGUGACACAUUGUCUCAAAAAAAAAUGAAUAAAAAGAAGACUAAAGAAUAGAAAACAUUAAUGAGGAGAAGUGCAAAAAGGUACAAUUCUAAUGACAUUUGUAUGGAUUGAGCAUUGAUCUGUACUUCUGUUAUUGUUUUUCCAAUCAUGUGAUCUCUAUCCAUUAGCAUAAUCUGCUCAGGGUGAAUUAAAUUAGUUGUUGUCUUCACUCACUCCCCAUGAAAUUUAUAUUCUGCUUUUUAUAAGAAUACUUUGUAUAUGAGAGGAAGUUUACUUGAUCACAUACUGUUCCUAAAAGUUGAACAUUUGUGCCUAACUUACUCUUUUGUAACAUCAAAUUUGAUGGAAACCUAUGUGGAUUGUAUUUAUUGUGGGACAAUGCCUCUUAAUGCCAUUACGUAUGGUAGUACCCACUGAAUUAUAGAUUGUAGGGAGAAAUAUUUAUAGUAUUUUUUGAACUUUUGUAAUGAAGCAUUGUGCACACAGAGACUGUAUAUUCAGAGAGUUAUGUGAGUUGAUCUCCAGACAUGUUUGCUUCCCUGUGAUGAUAGAACACAUACUGCUGUAAACACAAAUCAACUCAUAAAUAGCUUCAUUUCUACUUGGAAGCAUUAAAACCAAUGUUCAGUUUUGUGAUGUGCUGGUAAUUCUGCUCCUUGUGUAUGGUUGUUGGACAUGUUUGGUGCUUUUUUUCAUAAUGCUGAAUAAACUUCGCAUAAU